UGCUACCUUAUCCAAGUACCUUAAUUACACCUCAUUUAUUUCUCAAUCCACUAUCCAGCAAUAUCAUUUAUUCCAAAAGAAGAAAAGAAAGAAAAGAAAGGGUAGUACCACAUUCUAUACAUGUCUAAUGUCUAAUGUUUAAGAGCUGUGUCAUAAAGGAGUGUUUGUUCACAUUCUAUAGAUAUCUUUCUGUUCACACGUGUUUAUGUAUAUUCAAAACCUCACAUGAACCACCACCACAUUCAUUUCUCAUAACACAAACUUCUCUCUCUCUCUCUCGUCUUUUUUCCUCAUCCACUCAUGGCGGCUAUAGAAGAAUUACCUUCUUCCAUUCCUCACCCUUCUUCCAAGGAGAAAGUGGUGAUGGAUGAUAUGAUGGAAAAGGGUUUACAAAGAUUUGGUUGGUUAGAAUUUGUGCAGUGCAUUCUUGUUUCAUUUGCAUCCUUCUUUGAUGCACAGCAAUCAUUCCUAACGAUUUACACCGAAGAAUACCCGACAUGGCAUUGCACAGAUUCAACAUUAUGCAACUCAGAUUCUAAUAUCUGCAAUAUCCCUAAAUCUUCAUGGUCAUGGGAUGGACCAUCACACAAAACAGUCAUAUCACAAUGGAGUCUUGAGUGCGCUAGUAGUUUCAUUACUGGUUUACCGCAAUCUUCGUUCUUCAUUGGUUGUUUUUUCGGUCUGUUUCUUCUCACAACUUUAGCUGACACUUCACUUGGAAGAAAGAACACACUUGUUUUGUCUUGUUUAUCGUCGUCUAUAGUUUCGAUUCUCAUUGUUUUCUCUCCCAAUAUUUGGAUUUACUCGGCUUUUAAAUUCUUGAUCGGCUUCUUUCGUUCGUCGAUUGGAACGUGUGUUUUAGUUUUGAUCACCGAGAAAGUUAGUACUGAAUGGAGGUUCACCGUUGGUAUGGCCGAAUACUUAUGCUUCUUAUUAGGGACUAUGUCGCUGCCUGGUAUAGCUUAUGCCAAUAGAUUAAAUUCAUGGAGAUUGGUUUACAUCUGGACGUCGGUUCCUGCUAUUUGUUACUCGGUUCUUGCUUAUAUCUUUGUUACCGAGUCUCCGAGGUGGCUUCUAAUGCAAGGAAGACAUCAAGAAGCUAUGGCAAUGCUUACCGGAGUUUCUUCAUUAGAAAAUGGUCAUGAUUUGACAGUAGGUUUGAUAGAAGCUCCGAUGAAUAAACAAAAGGCUUCGUUUUUCCACCUCUACUCCUCGAUCGUGGAGUUGUUUGGUAGAGGUUGGGCUUUAAAGAGAAUGGUGGCCGUAAUGGUGCUUGGCAUUGGAAUUGGAAUGGUGUAUUUUGGUAUGCCAUUAGCAGUUGGGAACUUAGGAAUGGAUAUUUACUUGGCCGUUGUGUUCAAUGGCUUAAUGGAAAUACCGGCUUGUCUGGCUGCCUAUUUCUUGGAGAAUCGUCAAAGAAAGCCAUCAAUUCUUAUAUUUUCAGUAGCCAGUGGCAUAUGCUGUAUAAUGUGCGUUGUUGUCGGAUCGGGAAUACAAGAAAUUAGAGUCGGAUUAGCGAUGACAUCGUUUUUCAGUGCUUGCACAGCUUUUAAUGUGUUUCUCAUUUACAUUCUUGAGCUAUUUCCAACCAGCGUAAGGAACACGACAACCUCAUUGGUCAGACAAGCUAUUGUUAUCGGUAACAUUUUCACCCCAUUUUUGAUAUCUGCCGGGAGGAAACAUGACAUUUUCUCUUACGGCGUGUUUGGAGUAGUUAUCUUGUUGUCGAGUUUUACAUUGCUUGGUUUGCCUGAGACAAGAGGGUUAGCUCUUUGUGAUACCAUGGAUCAACAAGAGAAGAAAGACAAUAUGUUGGUAUAAUAUAAUUUGGUAACGUUGUCUGUCUACUACUAUGUUUUUAGUUUCCAUAAUGAUGAUCUUGCAUUUUUAUUUUUGAAGCUUAUGUAAUGAUUGCAUUUAUAAUGACGAUGAGUUUGAAAGAA